UUUAUUCCAUAUUAUUACAUAGCUAAAGGUGCAGUGCCUAACUUGUAGGUUUGCACUUUGCAAAACCGCUAGCAGGAGGUGACAAACCCCGGACGCAAAGAUGUCUGACUAUGCUGGCAAGGCAGAGGAAUAUCGGAAGCAGGCGGAAAAAAAGAUGAAGAGCUUGCUAGGAGGAUUCUUCGGCAACAAGUUCGAGGACGCAGCGGAGCUGCUCGAGAAAGCUGCCAACAAUUAUAAGCUCGCCAAGAUGUGGAAUGAAUGCGCAGACACGUAUGAGAAGCUUGCAGGCUGCUACUUAAAAAUGGACAGUAAGCACGAGGCUGCGACUGCUUUUGUUGAGGCAGCUAAGGCGUGCGGGAAGCAGGACCAGGCUCGGUCACAAGGUUUGCUUCGACAAGCCGUCAACCUUUACACUGACAUGGGAAGGCUGAAUAUGGCCGCUCGGCAACUGAAGGAGAUCGCAGAGCAAAUGGAGAAGGCCGGGCAGAAGGAGGAAGCUAUCCAGUACUAUACACAAGCGGCUGAUUUGUUCGAGAUGGAGAACUCAGCGUCAGAAGCGACAAAGUGCAAGCUCAAGAUAGCUGAAUUCUCCGCGGAGAUGGGACGGUACUCAAAGGCCAUGGAGAUAUUCGAGGAUGCAGCCCGCCGCGCAGUCGAAAACAAUCUUCUGAAGUACAGCGCGCGGGGGUACCUGCUGCAGGCCGGCAUUUGCGCGUUGUGUUACCUCAAGCCGGUUGAUAUCGAGAAGAAGCUGGACAAGUACCGCGGCAUAGACCUUCAGUUUGACGGGUCCCGGGAGGCUACGCUGCUUGAUGGCCUGGUUGAGGCUCGGCGGGAGCUAGACGAGUCCAAGUUCGCAACAUUGCUUGCGGAGUACGACGCUCUCACGCGGCUUGACCCGUGGAAGGUGAAGAUUCUUCGUCAGGCCAAGAAGAAGAUUGAGGAAAUGCAGCUCGGGGUGGGAGGAGGAGACGGGGGUGAGGAGGAGGAAGAGGAAGAGGUAGACCUGUUGUAAGGGUUUGGGUGUCCAGACAAGCAUUGCAGCUUUGCAAGUGCGAUGAAACCCAUGGGGACCUAGCUUCCGUGGUUUCGUAGCUUAGGGCGGCGCGAUUGACGGGGAGCGCUACCGGACAAGCGCUAGCUGCAAGCGUGUAGCUUCCGUCCCGGGUCUUAGCGGGUAGCUUGACGUGGAAUGUCUUGACUUCAUGUACAGAUUGAUUAACUCUUGACUGCAUGAUGAUUGUUGGAGUUGUGGUGUGUGCACAGCGACGCAAACUGCAUGAACUGAUUGCGAGGAGUUUCAUGGGGCCAGGGACCGAGCAGUAUUCCCCAUGCCCAUUGUGUUGACAACACAGCUCAGCAUACGGUGUUUGGGGCCAUGGUAAAUUGUUUAGAUGUCCGGAAUUGCUGCGUUUGUGUUUCUGAUUUAAUACUUUUCUGGUCUAGUGUGUCUUGCAUUUGUGUGGGACACUCUUGGUUGUGGGGAGAAUGCUUAAAACCGGUUCGGAAGGCACUAACCUAGGAAUUUAGGGGUGCUCUCUUGUGCUGGCGAGCAAGGGGGUUGCGAGCUUGAUAGGAGUAAUCCUAUCUUCAAGCGUCUUGCGUAUCUAAACUCAAAAUUCGUGCGGGGCCUCUGCAUUGCUUGUUAUUAGAGCUUGGAGAGGAAGGAUACAGGCAAUCGAGGCUCGCUGAACGUGUCUGUGGACUUCUAUGUACCAGCUAAGCUCCUUGCCCUCAUCUCCCAAUCGCUAGAGAGAGCACUAAAGGCGUUUGCAGGUCAUGUUGCUGUGCCAGGUAGUGGGUUCUUCUGAGGAUGACCUGCGUGCUCCUGAGCGAAGGAUGCAGGACGUGCUCAGCCUGUUGUCCGGAAUGAAAAGCUGAAUUCCAGUUUUCAUUCCUUCCUCCUUGUGCAAUGGUCGAUUCGAAGAGGGGAUCUUGUAAAUGUUCUCGUUGCU